GAACGAGCAGGGCCGAGACCGGGACGCCGAGGACGAGCGGAGCGCCAGCGCCCCCUUCCUUUCCCCCCGACUCGGUGCCGCCCCCCUUCCCGCGCCCCUCGGCGGCUCUCUCUCGAGGCCCUGCGGCUCCUCGGCCGCCCGGGGACGGCACCCGGGUGGGGGGGGAGGGAGGGAGAGGGAGGAAGAAGAAGGGGGAAAAAAGAGGCGGGGACCGGAGCCGGAGAAGCGGGAAGCGUGCAGAAAUUGAGCCCGGGGAUCCAGCGCGGCCUAUCUCGCGGGGCUUGGCUCACCCCCCACCCCCUUGCCGAGCCUGGCUCGGGCCGGCCUGGCUCGGGGCGUCCCCGGCGCGAUUCCUGCGUUUUGUCUCUCGGCGGCGAUCGGUCCGAUACGGCGGGGGGAGUUAGAAUGGAACUGACUGAAGGCCCUAUGAGAAAAAGGGAAAGCUAAGGAUGCUGGAGCAGAACAAUGGAUUUCUCCUUCUCUUUCAUGCAAGGGAUCAUGGGAAACACAAUUCAGCAACCACCUCAACUCAUUGAUUCGGCGAACAACCGCCAAGAGGAUGCUUUCGAUGCCCACAGUGACAUCACGGAAGAUGGCCGACAGACUCCCUAUGAAGCUGCCCUUGCCUUGCAGCAAGGUUUUCAGUAUCCCACGCCAACCGCCGAAGACCUUCCGCCCCUCAUUAAUGGAUUCCCCCAAAUCGGCAUGUACGAGCCCCAGGCCAAAUUCCAGUCCUUCAGCCAGUAUCCGAAUGGCUCGGCCAACGGCUUUGGCACCGUUAGAAACUUUAGCCCACCGGAGUAUUACCACAUGGAGAACUCUAACCUAAGGCCACAUGACCUUCUGGAAAAACCCUCCCCUCCUCAGCCUCCCCCUCCCUCCGUCUCCCAAACGGUGAUUCCAAAGAAGACGGGCUCACCCGAGAUUAAACUGAAAAUUACCAAAACUAUCCAGAACGGCAGGGAAUUGUUUGAGUCCUCGCUGUGUGGGGAUCUUCUAAACGAAGUGCAAGCGAGCGAGUUUGCCAAGUCCAAGCACGAAGGGAGGAAGGAGAAACGGAAAAAAAGCAGCAAGCAUGAUGCUGCCCAUUCGGAAGAGCGCAAGUCACGUAAAAUUCCCAAACUCGAGCCGGAGGAGCAAAAUAGACCAAAUGAAAGGCUUAGCAUCCAGUCUGAAAAACCAAGGGAAGAAAUGGCAACAUUGGAUGAAACCCCGGCACAGCAGGUUGCUGCUUCGCUUUCCGUGCAAGAGACAAGCGAUUGCAAGUUUGAGGUGGGAGAUCUUGUCUGGUCCAAAGUGGGGACGUAUCCUUGGUGGCCCUGUAUGGUUUCAAGAGAUCCUCAACUGGAAGUUCAUACUAAAAUUAACACGAGAGGUGCACGAGAAUAUCAUGUUCAAUUCUUUAGCAACCAGCCUGAAAGGGCUUGGGUACAUGAAAAGCGGGUACGAGAAUAUAAAGGACGUAAACAGUAUGAUCAGCUGGUGGCAGAGGCUGCUAAGCAAGCCAACCAUUCUGAGAAACAAAAGAUUCGCAAACCGAGGCCGCAGAGAGAACGGGCACAGUGGGAUAUUGGCAUUGCCCACGCUGAGAAAGCGCUAAAAAUGAGUCUGGAAGAGAGGAUAGAGCAGUACACCUUCAUCUACGUAGAUAAAGAGCCAGAAGAGGUGUCCUCGAAAGCCAAACGGAUUGUCAUGCCUAAGAUUGAGGCUAAAAAGAUCCGCAAAAUCAAAUCACCGCCAAAUUCUCCGCCAGAACAGACCAAUGAUGUUUUGGCCGCACCGUCUCCGCCCAAAACGGAGGUCCGGAGGUAUAGCCAGAGGAGACAGUGCAGUGCAGAUGAAGAAUCUCCUCCUGUGAAAAUUCAGUGGAAAACUGCUGCGGCCAGAAAAUCUCUCCCAGCGUCAAUCACCAUGCACAAAGGAACCCUGGACCUUCAAAAAUGUAAUAUGUCUCCAGUUGUUAAAAUUGAACAAGUUUUUGCUCUUCAGAAUGCAGCUGGGAAUGGAAAGUUCAUUGAUCAGUUUGUUUACUCCGCCAAGGGCAUAGGAAACAAACCAGAGAUAAUCAUCAAAGGGCAUGACAAAGUCACUUCCGUCUCCAUCCCGCGAACCGAGAGAGCCUCGUCACAAAGUGCACCCUCUCCAGAAACGUCUUCUGGGUUGGCAAGUUCUGUAGAAAAGAAGCAACAGAGGAGAUCAAUACGAACUCGCUCAGAGUCUGAGAAAUCCACGGAGGUUGUGCCAAAGAAGAAGAUCAAAAAGGAGCAGGUAGAAACAGCCCCACAGGCAGCAGUGAAGACUGGCUUACAGAAAGGUGCCAGUGAGAUUUCCGAUUCUUGUAAACCUCUAAAGAAAAGAAGUCGUGCCUCCACAGAUGUAGAAUUGGCCAACUCCGCUUACAGAGAUACCUCCGAUUCUGAUUCAAGAGGACUUAAUGAUUUACAGGGUAGUUUUGGAAAGCAAUCCGAUAGCCCAUUGGCUGCAGCAGAUGCUGAUGCUUCUGAUGUCCAGUCGGUGGAUUCAAGUUUGUCGAGAAGAGGUUCAGGGACAAACAAGAGAGACACCGUUUGUCAGAUUUGUGAAAGCACCGGUGAAUCUCUAGUCUCCUGCGAAGGUGAAUGCUACAGGGUCUUCCAUACAGAAUGCCUCGGAUUGAGCUCACAGUCUGAUGGGAAAUUUAUCUGCCUGGAGUGCAAAAAUGGGCAGCAUAUAUGCUUUUCCUGCAAACUUCCCGGCAAAGACGUGAAGCGCUGCUCGGUCAACGCGUGUGGCAAAUUCUACCACGAGGCCUGUGUCCGCAAGUUUACGACAGCCGUUUUUGAAUCCCGAGGAUUCCGUUGCCCUCAGCAUUGUUGCACCGCCUGCUCUAUGGACAAGGACAUCCAUAAAGCAAGCAAAGGUCGUAUGGUGAGAUGUUUGAGAUGCCCCAUUGCCUAUCACUCAGGAGAUGGCUGUAUUGCUGCAGGAAGCUUGUUUGUGUCAUCCCACAUCCUCAUCUGUAGUAACCAUUCCAAAAGAAGCAAUCACUCCUCAUCAGCUGUAAAUGUAGGCUUUUGUUUCGUUUGUGCAAGAGGGCUGAUAGUGCAGGAUCAUUCAGACCCCCUGUUCAGUUCAUAUGCCAAUAAAUCUCACUAUCUACUGAAUGAAUCAAAUCGUGCUGAGUUGAUGAAAUUACCUAUGAUUCCUCCUUCUUCGUCAGCUUCCAAAAAGAAAUGUGAGAAAGGUGGGAAGCUGUUGUGCUGUGAAUCUUGUCCUGCAUCCUUCCACCCGGAAUGUCUUAACAUAGAGAUGCCAGGCGGUUCCUGGAACUGUAACGAUUGCAAAUCUGGCAAGAAAUUGCGAUACAAGCAGAUCGUUUGGGUCAAGCUUGGAAAUUACAGGUGGUGGCCAGCUGAGAUAUGCAAUCCGAGAUCUGUUCCUUUCAACAUCCAGGGCCUCAAGCAUGAUGUUGGGGACUUCCCGGUAUUUUUCUUCGGUUCACAUGAUUACUACUGGGUGCAUCAGGGGAGAGUCUUCCCCUACGUUGAAGGAGAUAAAAGCUUUGCUGAGGGGCAAACUAAUAUUAACAAGACUUUCAAAAAAGAAACUCAUUAUCUUGAAUUUACAGGGAUGGAGUUAACAUUUAACUAUAAUUUGGAUUGUCUGGGCAACGGCAGAACCGAGUGCCACUGUGGAGCAGAAAACUGCAGUGGAUUCCUAGGUGUGCGGCCAAAGACGGCCUGCGCAACAGCGAAUGAAGAGAAGGCGAAGAACGCAAAACUGAAGCAGAAGAAACGGAAGAUAAAGACAGAGCAGAAGCAGAUGCACGAAGACAAUUGCUUUCAGUGUGGAGACGGAGGUGAACUCGUCAUGUGUGACAAAAAAGACUGUCCCAAAGCAUACCACCUCCUCUGCCUUAACCUGACCCAGCCGCCCUUUGGGAAGUGGGAAUGCCCGUGGCACCAGUGUGUCAUCUGCGGCAACCCGGCGGCUUCGUUUUGCGAGUUCUGCCCUCACUCUUACUGCAAAGAUCAUGAAAAGGGAGCGUUGGUCUCCUCGGCCUUGGAUGGACGCCUCUGCUGCUCUGAACACAACCCCAAGGCUCCCGUGGCCCCCGAGUACUGGGGCAAGAUCAAGCGCCGACUGGAGCAGCAGAAUCCAGACGAAACCUCGAAGGAGUGAAAGGGGGGCCCCUUUUCAGGAAAACGCAACCCCCCCCCCCCAACAUUUGUUCCCGUUCGGGGCGGCCAAUCCUUGUGAAUCUAGAUACAGUGCCAGGGGAAGCCUCCUCCCAAUCUUUUUAGAGCUGCCUCUAUGGGACUCAAAUUAGGAUCGCUGGAUCUGGGAAGGCAGCCAGGAGGCCUGCGCAUCUGCUUAGAUCCGUUUUGCCCGUGGGAUGUGUCUUUCGGGUUCUCGAAGAAGCAUCUCGGUUACCGUUUUUUGUUAAAAGAAGGAGACCUUUUCUGAUGUCAGGGGAAAGGGUUUGCAAAAGAAAAAAGAAAAAAAAAGGACCUUGAAUUUGAAAGUAUGCUCUCUCUGCGUGUAGAAAAACAAGAAAAAGAAAAGAAACAUAGCAAAAAUAUUUAUUUAUUUAAUUUUUAAUGGACUUUUUUGAGGAUUUCUGGUUCUAAUACAAUCAGUGUGUCUGAAAAAGAGUAGCAGCACCAGCCUGGUAUCUAUUUCUCUAUGUGUCUUUUUUAUGAUUAUUACCUUUUUUUUUUUUUCCCCCUUCCCCUUUCUGGUUUUACAAUUAAUGGGGUUAAAAACAUCAGAUAAAUCUUACCGGGCAGUUCCGAAGCAAGAUACUUCCAAGUAACUUCAGGAUGGGCAAGAGGUGUGGUGUCUUUUUUUGUUUUGUUUUGGUUUUUUUUUUUUUGAGAUGGUGCAACCCCUCUUUCCCUUUUGAGUGAGUAAAAGGAUAAUCACGGUACGUUCUCUCCCACACACCCGAAAAUAAAAAAUACAAAAUAAAAAUUAGGACUCUGUGAUUUUGGAAGGGCAUUCUUGACGUGAUGUUACUGGUCACUUUGAAAGCGUGAACUCCAGCAGCUUCUUAACCUGCGCGGUGUUUGCGGUUCCGUUUUCUUUCUAAAGGGCUUGGACGCGGAAGAGUUCUGGUAGGUUGUACCUAUCAAAAUAUGGGUAGGGAAAAAAACACACACAAAAAAAAACCUGUCAGGAGGCUGGGGAAUAUUUCUCUUUUUGGCCCCCGAGUCCGGUUUCAUUACGCAUAGAUCACUUUUUCUGUCACUAUUGAAUCCGAAGGAGACUUGGGCAGGAAAGCCUCUGUAUGCGUGCUUUUCUUGACUGUUUCUUGAUCGCUACGUUAUGGGAAACGAGUUGGAUGUGCAGGCUCUUCUUUUUGUAAGGCCUUGAGUGAGUCCUCCUUUGAUGAAUCUUGUCCCUUGCAGAACCUCUACUCUUGCAUGGUUUCCCCAGCGGUAGAUGCUGAUGAAGAUUUAUCUUUUUGAAUCUGAAAGGCAGAAUUUGACUGCCAAGCCGGCAUGUUUUAUAUGGCCAGUUUUUGUUCUUCUCUUAUCCGAUUUUGACGUAGGUUAUUCAAAGGAAUCGCGUCACUGGAUAGGAACAGUCUUAUCUUACAAAAGCCAUGUGUGUGUUUCAUAAAAGACUAGUUUAUUAAUCUUUCUAAAAGAAGCCGGCACUGAAAUCUACAUCACUUGUUCCCUUUGGGUAUUACAAGUGUCUCCCGAAAUACUUGUUUUUAUUUAGUUGUGCUUACUUCAAUAAUGACUGUACAUUGAUUUAUAUGACUGUAACGGAUUUGGCAGUUCCAGGAAAUAGACAGUAUUUUAUGAUGCCGGUGACUCUUUCCUUAGUUUUUUUUUUUAAUUCUUUUUUUUAAAAAGCCUAUAAAGGAAAAGCAAAUACAACUUCUAUUUUCCUAAUCCGCAUAGGUGUAAGAAUAAGGCUGCACACUACAUUCCUCUAAAACAGAGGUCUUCAACCUUGGCAACUUUAAGACUUGUGAACUUCAACUCCCAGAAUUCCUUAGCCAGCAAAGCUUGAGUUGAAGUCCACAAGUCUUAAAGUAGCCAAAGUUGGAGACCCCUGCUCUAAAGCACCUGAGAUGUCUUUCGGUUUUCAUUCAGUUGGCAAAUUCCUUUGCAGAUCACUGACUUUGUUUUCUUGUAUUGUAUAAGCUUCGGAAUCAUGUGGACUAAUGAAAUACGAAGCCCUAAAAGAAGUUGAUACGUAUUUGAUAACACUAAUGAACAUUUGAAGUAAUUUUUGAGAACACUACAAUUUAUUUAUGUAUAUUUAGGUUUAGAUUUUAGGAUUAUUUUAUUACGUAUUUGAUUUUUAUUUUUUUUUUGCGGGCGGGGGGAGGAAUAAGAAAACCAUAAGGUCAUGGAGCAAGAUUUUUUUUCCAAGAGGAUUUUAUCCUAAUCUAGGAAUCCUAAAUUCAGAAUUCUCAUCUUUAUUUUCUUUCAUACACUACAUUAUUCCUUGUCAGAUUGGGAAUGGCCUGCUACAGAAUGCCCAGAUUUCAUGGCAGUGCACCUUGAGAGGGCAAAUAUAAAAUUAGGGAAUAGGUGCUGCUGAAGUUAAGAUGGAAUUUGGAAAUACUGCAAUUCCAAUCAGUGAAUGAGAUUGAAGCUUGGGCUGUGCAUUAGCCCCUUGGAUCCAAUCAUGUGCUCCAAAUCAUGUUCUCCUUUCUCUUUGAGCACAUCUCCCCUCUUCUGUCUCUCUCUCUCUCUCUUUCUGUCUCUGAACUGCCUUGUACUGUUGUGGUCCUUCCUCUUUUCAUUGUGCUUCGAAGAAAAUUGUGUCAUUCAGUUGGAGAGAACUUUUUGUCCUUAAUAGUGGUGGAUCCAGCAUCAUGAUUACAACUUGUAUGUCACCUCAAGUGCAAUUGUGCAAAGAAAAGUAGCCAAAAUUGUUGAGAAAUAGAAGGAUCCUUGGUCAGUAUUCAGAGCAAUCUUACUUAGGCCACCCAUGAAUUAGUUCUCUGAAGAAUGGGACACUCCACUAUCACGUCAAUUUAAAUUAUUGUUUCCAAUUUUCUCCACUAAUGGAUGCAAAAGUGAAGAAAGCAUUUUAUUUGGAUGAUAUUUUUUGUUAGCAUAAACCUUUUGAAUCCCGUAAAGUUUCUUCAUUAAGAUGUCCCAAACUUUCGCUGCCUCAUUCACUACCUACAUCUUAAAUGUUUAUUCAUUGUUCCAGAUUGAGUCCUUAGCUCUGGUUUGAUUUGUUUUUUUGGUUUUUUUUUAAGUAGAACGGGAAGGUUUUCUUUGAGAAUGAGGUCCUACCAUAAGCAAUAUAACAUCCUUAAGAAACAGAAAUAUUGAUUAUGAAUAUAGUGAAUUUUUUUUUUUUGUGAGCAACGGAAAUAUUAAAGGUUCCUGGCUUCUCUCUCUCCCUUCUCCCAGAUUCUAAUUACUCAGAACACAGAAAAAAAAAUAUUCUGUGAAAAAACGUAGAACUUUGCUUCUGUUCUAUAAAAUUGUAAACAUAGAAUUUGAUCUCUUUUCCUCUGCAAAAAUGGGCUUGAAGUAUUGCCAUGAGAAAUGGAAGUUGGGAAGAAGAAAGAAAGUCAGAGAAGGCUGACUUUCUUCUCUGAAUAUAGAUCCCUGCAAUCAGGUACUUCUUCCCCUUCCCAUCCUAUGCUGUGUGCUUGGACUUUUAGAAAAUGUGCCCCACCUUUUCCUAAUUAAUGCAUAAGGAUCAGAUAUGAAGGGUUCUUCUUUUCAAGCAGCUCAUACGAAUGGGUAACCACUGCUGAUUAUCUUGUAUGCACUUAGAAUAAAUUUUAAGUUUCCCUGAGAUACGUGUCUUGCUUUGCACACAUCCAUGGGACAAACCAAUUGAACACAGCAGUACUACUUGCCGAGAGUGGACAAUGGACACGCAUAGUCUCGUGCUGUGAAUUCAAUGAAAUGUAAUUUCUGAAUGGGCAGACACCUAGCAUUGUUGUUCGUAUGCCGCGAGCCACGAUAGGGGAUCCCCGUAGAAAAACCUGUUACAUUUUUACACGCACUUUAAUCAGGAGUGGAAAGUUGGCUUGCUCCGCCAGAAGACCCGCAGUUUUUGCGUUCUUGCAAUUGUGGAGACGCUUCGAGCUUCGAAAUUGCAUCCUGUAGAAUGCAGAAAUCUUUUGGCUGUAUUGUUAUAACUCUCUGACUCAAGACUCUGGAAUGCUUUUUGCAUUGCAGCCUUGGUUUAAAUCUGUGCCUCGAGGAAGGAUGUUUUUAUCUGCAAGCAAAUGAAAAAGCAGCCAUGAAAACAUCUGGCUGGGUAAAUAGUUUAAAGAACAAAGCUUUGACACUUAGAUUUCAAGCAGGUGUCUCGUGAAUUCUGGGGAUACACAGGUGGGAUAGGAAUGUCUGCAUAUUUUUAGACUUUUAGAAUUGCUUCAUCAAACACUCCAAGGGUUGUGAUUCUUCCAAGAAAUG